AUGCCUCCCCCCAGACUCUUCGCUCUCUUCACCCGGCGCAAUGUCAUCGCACUGGUCUUGUGGGUAGGGACGGCCCUCCUCAUAUUCAAUCUCUAUUAUCGAGGCUCUUACCAGUCCGCCAAAGACUGGCUUCAUCGGCCUGGCCCUGCACAUGCGCCGUUUACGCCGCCCCCAAUUCCUGUAGAUGAUGGUCUUUUCCACUGGCAGAAACUCCCGGUCCAUUACCCAGUCACAUCUUUGAUCCCCCUGCCAUCGGGAGCUGCCAGGCCAAUUCCCACCAUCCAACAUCCAGCCUCGCAAGAAGAUACGCAGGCAAAGGCCGUCCGUCUUGAGCGUUUGGCCGCAGUUAGAGACGCCUUCCAACAUGCGUGGGUUGGGUACAGGAACUACGCCUGGAUGGCAGACGAGGUCGGCCCCUUGUCAGGAGAACGCCACAAUCCCUUUGGCGGAUGGGCAGCAAGUCUAGUGGACGCCUUGGACACGCUCUGGAUCAUGGACAUGAAGGAGCAAUUCGAAGAUGCCGUGGAGGCGAUUGGCGAACUCGAUUUCACCACCACCGAGGAAACGACGCUGAAUGUUUUCGAAACGACGAUCCGAUAUCUGGGCGGGCUGCUGAGUGCGUAUGAUCUGUCGGGCGCAAAGUACCCAUCGCUGCUUGCAAAGGCGGUGGAACUCGGGGAGAUGUUAUUGGUGGCAUUCGAUACUCCGAAUCGCAUGCCUAUCACUAGGUGGGACUGGAAGAAAGCCCGAGACGGCGGGUUGCAAGAAGCAGAUUCGAAUGUUCUGGUCGCCGAAUUGGGAUCAAUGACGCUCGAACUUACCCGUCUAUCCCAAACCACCGGAGAUGGACGCUUUUAUGAUGCUGUGCAGCGUGUUAUGGACGAAUUCGACAAGCAACAGAUGAAGACGAAGUUGCCGGGGAUGUGGCCGAUCACAGUCAACGCCCGCGACCUCGACUUCAUUAGUGACACUUCAUACACCCUCGGCGCGAUGGCGGAUUCGGUCUACGAAUAUCUGCCAAAGCAACAUAUGCUCCUCGGAGGCCGCACCGAGCAGUAUCGCAAGCUCUACCUAAACGCAGCAGCCACCUUCAAAGAACACAACUUCUACCGUCCCAUGACAAUCGACAACGCCGACAUCCUCUUCUCCGCCCUCGUGCAGAAAGCAGGCGAAGGGAGGCCCGCAAUCCUCGACAACUCCAUGCAACACCUCGUCUGCUUCGCCGGCGGCAUGGUAGCCAUCGGCGCCAGAAUCUUCUCCCGCUCCGACGACCUCGCCAUCGCGCGCAGACUCGUCGACGGCUGCAUCUGGGCCUACCAGAGCAUGCCGAACGGCCUCAUGGCCGAAGUCACGCACCACAUCGCCUGCGACAACGCGCAAAGCUGCGAGUGGAAUGAAACGCGCUGGUACGAGGAGCUCGCGCGCCAGGACUCCGCCGACUCCAAUGGCGUCUCAGGCGCUGCGUACGAAGCGCGCGUCCGCACUCGCAUCCGCACCCACCGUCUCCCGCCGGGCUACGUCGCCAUCGAUGACACGCGCUACAUCCUGCGCCCGGAAGCCAUCGAGUCGCUCUUCAUCUGGUACCGCAUUAGCGGCGACCGAACAUACCAAGACAAGGCGUGGGCCAUGUUUCAAAGCAUUGACAAGCAUACGCGGACGAGCAUUGCGCAUGCUGCUCUGGACGAUGUCACGGCUAGCCCGCCGACGCAGGCGGAUCGCAUGGAGAGCUUUUGGAUGGCGGAGACGCUGAAGUAUUUCUAUUUGACGUUUGCCGAGCCUAGUCUGGUGAGCUUGGAUGAGUUUGUGUUUAAUACAGAGGCGCAUCCAUUUCGCAGGCCGGGGAGGUGA